UAUAAAAGCUGAGAGCUAUGAAGAAACUUCAAGGGUGCGCGAUGCGAUGGCGCUAGUGAGAAGCUCAGCAGCAGCAGCUGCUCUGAGAGCACUGAACGGAUCAUGCUCUCUCAUUGGUGGGCUGCCUCGGAGCUCCAAUGCCUUGCGAAUCAGAUGCUUCUCCUCCCUCAUGUCACCGCCGUCCACGGCGGUGGUGUACGACCAGCACGGUGCUCCCGACGCUGUCACGAGAGUGAUGGAGAUGCCGCCGGUUCCGGUGAAGGAGAGCGACGUCUGCGUUAAAAUGCUUGCUUCUCCGAUCAAUCCCUCUGAUGUCAACCGAAUUGAAGGCGUCUAUCCUGUGAGGCCAGAAGUGCCAGCUGUGGGAGGAUAUGAAGGGGUUGGGGAAGUCUACUCGACGGGUGCUGCUGUUAAGGAUCUUUCGCCUGGUGAUUUGGUCAUUCCAUCUCCGCCUUCCUCUGGGAUGUGGCAGACGUAUGUAGUUAAAGACCAGAGCAUGUGGCAUAAAAUUGAUAAGGAUUCGCCGAUAGAAUAUGCAGCCACAAUUACAGUCAAUCCUUUGACUGCUUUAAGAAUGCUCGAAGACUUCGUAUCUAUGAAAGCAGGUGAUUCUGUUGUCCAAAAUGGGGCUACUAGCAUUGUGGGCCAAUGCAUCAUCCAAAUUGCUAAGUCCCGUGACAUCCGUAGUGUUAAUAUCAUUAGGGACAGAGCUGGUUCCGAUGAAGCUAGUGAAAUGUUGAAGAAACUCGGUGCUGAUGAAGUGUUUACAGAGAGUCAACUAGAAGUGAAGAAUGUCAAGAGUUUACUGGGAAAUGUCUCAGAACCUGCUCUAGGAUUUAACUGUGUCGGUGGCAAUGCUGCUUCAUUGGUUAUGAAGUUUUUGAGGCAAGGAGGAGCCAUGGUAACAUAUGGGGGAAUGUCCAAAAAACCUAUCACUGUAUCAACUUCAUCCUUCAUCUUCAAGGACCUUUCGCUUAGGGGAUUUUGGCUGCAGAAAUGGAUGGUCUCAGAUAAAGCAAUAGAGUGCAGGCAAAUGAUAGAUUACCUGCUAGACUUAGCCCAAGAAGGGAAGUUAAAAUACGAGAUGGAGCUUGUUCCUUUCAGCAAUUUCAAGCUCGCACUGGAUAAGGCAAUGGGAAAAUUGGGAAGCCACCCCAAGCAAGUCCUAAAGUUUUAACUCUUGCGCUAUGCAAGGACGUAAGGACUGCAAAUCGUCACUUGUUAGUCUAAAAGGCUGUUUUUAUGUAGAUGAGAUGAAAUACUUGAGAUUCUUUCUUGCAGUGAUUAUGGGAAAUUGGGUACGUUUGGUUCGCUGAAAUAGAAUUGAUACAUAAUGGAAUAGAUAUGAAUUAGAAUAAACAGGGAAUAUAAUAAAAAUUCUGAAAGUGUGUUUGGUUUUA